AUGCAUCUGAAUCCAUCAGAUGCCGGCUCCUCUGUUUCAACUACUAUCAGCAAGUCCUCACCCUUUGCUUAUUCGAUUGCCUCCAUUUUGGAUUUGGACUCGAGCAGGGAUAACUUCUUGGCGACACAAGUGUGGCCAUCCGCUCGAGUUGCUGCCCAAGCUCUGUUGCGAUACGAUCCGAACAGUCGCCAUGGUGGUUUGUUUGCAAACGACAACAACGAUAAUGGUGAAAAGAUGGCAUCCUCUACGAAAUGGAAAAUGUGCGAGUUUGGAUGUGGCCCUGGUUUGCCAUCCUUGGCUGCAGCUCACACCAAUCACUACUCUCAAGUGGUGGCAACGGACCUCGACGAAUUUUGUUUGGAACUGGUUCAAGCGGCAGCCAAGGAUCAAGGCUUGGAACAUGUUAUAACGACGCAAGUCUUGGAUCUAACAAAAGAUCCAAAAAUGUUAUUGGGCCUCAGUACCACUGCUGAAGCUUCGGAAGGUGACGAUUCUGUUUCUGAGAUUAAUGCUGCGUCGUCGUCGUCGUCGUCGCCACGGCCACUCCCUUCCUCCUAUGCUUGGAUGAAAGAUAUUGACCUGUUUGUCAUGGCGGAUAUAUUCGAAAAUUCUCAAGUCGCGAAAGGCGCGGCGGCAUGGACAAAGUUUCUGAUGAAUAGUAGUAGUCUCCAUCGGCCAAGGAUUUGGGUGUUUGCCCAAUCGGAUCGGGCCCAACGAGAGAUCUAUCUAGAAACCUUGAAGGAAAUCUGUGGCAUGGAAGCUAAGGAUUUGAAAUGGCUGCCUCUGGAAGAUUGUAAUGAAAAUGAUUCCUUAUGGCUGGUGGAUUUGGACGAAACUCAAGUCCAGUAUGGGUAG